AUGCCACGCUCCAAGAAGGGGUCCGCAGUGCCGCGCGGGGCAGCACCACCGCAGAGCGCCGGCCGGAGCAGCAGCUCGCAGAGCCGAAACCUCAAGCCGUCAGCGGGCACGGUCGGCGGCGCCGCCGCAAAGAGAAAGACUCCCUACCGACUUGAGAUCCUACAGCUGGAGCCGUGCGCGCUUCGAAAGCGUGGCGGCGAUGACGAUGACUACUUCAAGGGCGGACAGGCGUGCUGUAGUAGCACAAGGGUGGCAGCCUGCUUGGCACGGUGCCCGGUGUGCGCGCUUCUGGCACUCCCCGACCACGCCCUCGUCGUGGCGGGUGGCUGCACCGUCAGCGCGUACGACAUGCGCUCGCUCGAGGCCCUGCAAGAUGGGCCGGUGGAUCUGCUGGCCAGCCUUGUUCGUUGCCCGGUCUGCGAGCGGCUGCUCGAUCCGCCGUGCAGCAAGCCGAACGAGCCUGACGUCAAGGAGAACGCGGUACAUCUCUCGUUUGUGUCAGGCGAGCCCGGCUUUUGGACGCCGCGGCUCGUUUGCCCCUCGUGCCUCCUCUCUCUCGUCAACGAGCAGCCGGUCCCGUGGUCAAGUCUUUCGGCCCUCCCCGAGCAGCGCCUGCUCCCACCUCUCGAAGACACCCCCUUCGACAUCGAUGAAAUAUCGCGCGUGCUGGGCCUCGGGGCCUGCCUCGGCUCUGCUGCUGUGUCCGCUCCCCUAACCGACCUCCUCGGAGCGUGGUUCGCCACGGGGCUCCACGAUUCGCUGGCGCUCACUAUGGACACUCCGCCGCCCGUGACCAAGGCAGUGAAGGCGUGCGCAAAUCCAAGUUGCUCGACGGGAGUCUUCGCCGGGCUCCAGUGCUCCCGCUGCAAGGCCGUCAGCUACUGCAGCAAGGAUUGCCAGGCACUGCAUUGGAAGGCGCACAAGAAGUCGUGCAAGUGCUCCGCGAAGCUGUGA